GUUUUGACUGAAAAUGCCGUCGGUUUCGAAAACGGCGGCCAAUGCGUCUCCUCAAACCGAGAAACCUACCCACUAUACAUACUUGAAGGAGUUCAGGACAGAGCAGUGCCCGUUGUUCCUCCAGCACAAGUGUACGCAGCACAGACCCUUUACGUGCUUUCACUGGCAUUUUCUCAACCAGCGGAGAAGGAGACCCAUCAGGAGGAGAGACGGGACGUUUAACUACAGCCCCGACGUGUACUGCACGAAAUACGACGAGACCACAGGCAUCUGCCCAGAUGGAGAUGACUGUCCUUAUUUACACCGGACCACUGGUGACACAGAGCGCAAGUACCAUCUACGCUAUUACAAGACUGGCACUUGUAUCCAUGAGACAGAUGCUCGAGGGCAUUGUGUGAAGAAUGGCCUUCACUGUGCUUUCGCUCACGGGCCACAUGAUCUCCGACCUCCAGUCUAUGAUAUCAGAGAGAUCCAAGCACAAGAGGCCCUUCAAAAUGGACAGUUGGGAUCUGGAGAAGGUAUUCCUGAUCUGCAGCCUGGUGUGUUAGCAAGCCAAGCUAUGAUUGAGAAAACUCUGACAGAAGACCCACGAUGGCAAGAUACCAACUUUGUUUUAGCCAACUAUAAAACAGAUCAGUGUACUAAGCCCCCAAGACUAUGCAGACAGGGCUACGCUUGCCCCCACUACCACAACAGUAGAGAUCGAAGACGGAAUCCUAGAAAGUUCAAAUAUAGGUCAACACCUUGCCCUAAUGUGAAACAUGGGGAUGAAUGGGGCGAACCAUCAAAGUGCGACAGCGGAGACAGUUGCCAGUAUUGUCACUCUCGCACUGAACAGCAGUUUCACCCAGAGAUCUACAAAUCUACCAAAUGCAAUGAUAUGCGACAAACUGGAUACUGUCCCAGGGGACCGUUUUGUGCAUUUGCACAUGUAGAAAGAAUUCCCUCUACAGAGGAGACCAUGAGCUCGUUGCUAACAGUGAUACAGUCAAGUUCACAGUCCCAGCUGGGCUCUCAGCAGUAUUCAGAGUGUCCUGUCAGUGAGUGGAACAGUGGAGGCAACUCCACCACCAGCGCAACCAGUAGCAACGGACAAGUAGGAAGUGUUUCAUGUUCAAAUAGCUCGACUGUAACUCCAAGCUCAGGAAGCGACAGUUUGUUAUCCCCAGUGGGAUCCAUCAGCAGGCCCAAAUCCUUAACUAAUAGUAGUUUAUGUUCAGAGUCCACCACAUCCAGUGUCUCAUCUCUGACGUCUAACUAUCCUAAAGCUCCGGGCUAUGAACGUGAGGAUCAGAUUAAGAACAAGGGGCAGGGGGAUCAGAAAUUGAUGGACCAAGACAAACAGACACAAAAUACUGUAUUCUCUGUGGUGAACCCUUUGGCAUCAAGCUUUACCUCCAGUAUAACAUCCAGCUUGGCCUCAAGUAUUGGCUCAGAUAGUUCGUCACCCACCACCUUAUCAACAAUGAAUGCAAAAGCCACUCCUUUCUACCCAGGGAGCAACACAGUGGAGUCUGUCAUAGGAUCUGCGCUGGACCUCAACUUCAGUGACAUUAAUGUUGCAUCUCUUGAUAAGGAGUUAGAGGAGCAAGAAAACAGUGUGGGACUGGCAAGUCAAAGGGUGCUAGGUGGAUCUGCUCCAGUCAACAUUCCUGGCUCCCUGGCACGAUCAUCCUCUUUCAAUUCCUCGUCAUCUCUCUCCACCUCCCCGCUAAGCUCCCUCUCCCAGUCUCUGUCACAGUCCCUGCUGUCUGGGACGGUAUCGCAGCAGAAUCAACCUUCAAACAUGUUAACCAAGCAAGAGCAUGGCCUCCUAGGAACACCCACCUCCUCUUCCCAGAAUUCUUUGGGCUUGAACGGAGGGGCUAGCAGCAUUUGGGACUUUGUAAGUGGCAGCUUUUCACCGAGUCCAUCUCCAGUUUUCAGCAGCCUAACCUCCGCAACCAGCAGCGCCGAUCUGGCCCGCCUUUUUAGAGAUCUGGACGAGGCUAAGAGGAAGAUCAAACAAUGGGAGGAGGCCUGGCAUCAGGUCAAACAAGCUUGUGAAGCUUGCCAGAAAGACGCCCACGAAGCGAAGGAACAAGCAAAAACGGCCGAGGCAGAGCGUCAGCUGGCAGAACAGAAAUGGGAGGAGACAGAGCGCAAGCUGAAAGAGCUCCAAGGGGACUUUGAUGUGCUUUGUCGCACCCCUGGAACACCUCUUCUACGUAGCUAUGGAGAGCUGGAGCAGCUCCCCUUGUCAAAGCUUCACUCCAUCCAGAGUCAGCUACGUAAUGACCUAGACCUUAUAGACGGGGUAAUAUAUCAGCUUCAGUCAAAGAAAUGUAUAGUUUGCCAAAAGCAUGAUCGUUGCAUUGUUCUGCAGCCUUGCCAACAUUAUGUACUAUGUGAGAACUGUGCACCUAGUAAAACAGAAUGUCCCUACUGUAGAACAAAGAUACUGAAGUGGUGAUGUACAAUUACUCGAGGUACUAUUUAAAGAAUUAGCCCUUUGAAAAACUACUAAUAGAUAUUACAUUUUCUAAAUAGCAAUGUCUGUUUUCAUCCAGUGAUUGAAUUAAUUUAGAACACAAUGAUGUUUGACUGACAAUGCAGAUAGUAUUAUAAAUCAGAUUGUGCACUGGGGAUUCAAUCAUUACAACUUUUGCUCAUUUUAUGUGCAUAUUGCCUCACUCAGACGGAGAACUUCCUGUAUGAAAAGCCAUGCACUCAGAUUACAAUAUUCAUGCAAAGCCCUUUGUCAAAUCUUCAGUCAUGAUUCAGACCGUCUAAAAGGACAUAAAUCUGGUGUCCAGAUAUAUACGCUUUGUUUACACUUUCAUUAACACAUUUUUGGCGAAACACAAAAUGCAGGUGUGCUUCACCCAAACAAAAAAUUGGAAAGAGGACCAAUAAACUUGGUUAAAAGCUGUUAACGCAAAAACUUUAAUGUGUGAGUCUGUACUUGUUCAUGGAUCGGAAACACUUAACUGCACUUUGGAAUUAUUGUGAAUAAAUGUCUGAUCUAUUAAUAAAAUGCACUUAAUGACCACCCAGAGCAAAAUUUAAUUUCAAGGCAUUUCAGCCCUAACUUUUCAGAAAAUACUGUGGAUAUUUGUCAAGAUAAUGAAGUUUUAUUAAAUGUUACAUCACAAAAAUUUGUAUUUAAAGACAUACAAGAAUUUAUCUUAACUAAAAAGGUCUAGUUUUAAAAUUACAUAUAAGAAACUCAUGUCCUUUUCAUACUGUAAGUCUUAAAAUCAUUGUUCAGUCAUGUUGGUGGUGGGAAAAGUUUGAUAAAUGAAGUGUCCUUUGUAUUAAUAUCAAGAGGAGGUGACCCACAGCCCACUGACCUUCAUAUAGGAAUUCAAAAAUGGACAUUUCAAAACAGUCCCACACAUUAAUACAGAACAAUUAAUACACCACUUUCAGGUUGGGAUCUCAAAUGCAAAGAAAUCACUGUGUAAAUGUUUGAAAGACACUGCCAGGACACGUUGAGUUCAUCCACACUUGACAAAUUUGGUGACGUUAAACAUAAAAUGGGCAAAACUCAAAGCUGUUUUUUCUUUAAUUAAAGGGGAACACACAGAAAUCGAAGAAUUCACACAGGAGCUUUUGGAGGCAAAUCAAGAAACUAGACAUCCAAGAACCUGAAUGUGACUAGAUACUUAAUUAGGAAAUCAUAUUUUUGUUUUAACCUAAUUAGUCUGAGAUUCCAAGAAAAAAAAAGUGGGUGCUCUCUUUAUAGAGCACGGAGCUGCCGAAACUGACGUGUGAAACAGGUCGCUGAUCAGCUUCGAUGUACCAGAAGGCUCCGUGCUCUGAGGAAUUAAUACAUACGUGGAUUCAACACUGUGGGGAGCAUUUGAUGACAAAAUCUUUGGCUUAAGUGUAAGACUGAAUAUUUAGAUUUUCAAAAUGUUUCACAUCCAAUGAGGUAUUAGUGCUGAACCACACUAAGCAAGGAAACAACAUGACACAUAUUUGUGUUCCUCUUUAAGUAAAGGCACAUUUUCAUUGACAUUUUUUCAAUGCAACCAGUCAAACAUCAUUAUUUUGACCAACUCUGAAGAAGUUUGAUUUCUUAUUAAAGCACUUUGUUGACCUGGGACUUUAUUAAAGGGUAUAUAGAUUUUUUUUUUUGCUUUUAAGCUGCUUUGUAGGUAUUCUUUUGUGUCUUUUUUUAGAUUUAUAAUUUGUUUUUUCUAUAUAAGCUAAUGUCUGAAGCUUUUGUGUGUACUGUGAAACAUAAUUUGGAUAUUUCAUGUUUCCUAUUGUUAAAAUCCUGGCAUGGUUCUACAUAUUGUUAAGAUUUCAUAGAAAAGUACUUAAUAGUUUCUACUUUCAUAGUUAGAUUUAUAAAAUUUCAAUCAAAUAAGUGCAAAUUUAAAAAUGCAUUUUAGGCAUAACCAGCAGCUGUAAUAUCAGUAAGGCACAUGCGACAUGUUAAGGCUGUUUCUUCAAUCAGUUAGUUUUGUUUUGUAGAGAUUUCUAUAGCCUAGCCUAUUAGAGGAGCAUGUAUUGUAUUUGCUAAAAGCCUGAGAUGGUGAAUUUUUUUGUAGGAAUCUAGCCUCUUGACCUUGUCUAGAACAUAUCGGCCUCUAACUCUGAAGUGCCUUGCCUUAGUUUAAAAAGGUUAUGUGUAGAAUCGUCAGAGCAAACACAAGUAGUUGAAGCUUGUGCACAGGUUUCUGCAUAACGUGUAUUGUUUAACUUUGCAGAAGCAUCGACAUGUGUAAGAUUAUAUGUGUAUAUAUAAGUACGCCAGUGUAUUCGGCCCAAUCCCAUCGAGUAUUUCUGCGGACGAUAAUUGAAAACGGAUGAACAAAGUCAGUGCCUGUGUCCUGACGUCAACCAUAGAAACGAACUUCCCCUCCCGCCCGCUCAUUCCUCGGUCGUGGUGCUCUUUUGGUGCAGCUUCAGUCUUUGAUGUUAGGUUAUUCAAUUCAAUGUUUGGGAGUAUGCAACCAUAGGACUUAUGGAUUUGUAUAGCAACAUAUAAAAAUGCUUUUUAAACAGUUGAGUAAUGUUAAUUUGUGUUAUUGUAAUAACUCUGCAGUGAAUGAAGAAUUCCAUAGUUAACUUGUAAGUUGGAUAGGACUUGUGCUUAGGUUCCUCUAAUUGAAAUGACCUUCUACUGUGUUAAAAAACCUUUUUAUCCUUGCGUUAAAUUCAAUAGAAAAUCAUAUAUCUCCAGGUACACUUUUUUGCUACUUAUAAAUAUGGGAAAAAUGCAUUGUUUACAUUCACAUAAAUGACAAUUAAGCAACUCAGAGGAAAAAUUAUCAAGAAAGCUUACGGUAUUUUAGCGUCUUCGUGAUUAUAUUACAGCAUAAAAGGCAGGCUAAACACUUCUGGUAUUGCAUGUUAUGCGAUAUAUUAACCAGCUACAACAAAAAAAACAAAAGGACAAAAAAAAAAAAGUUUGCACUGUGUCACACUGCCAGAAUAUUUGUAUUGACUUAUUUUUAGUGUAGUAAAGGCUAAAUAACUUCUGCAAGCUUCGCUGCUACUGGAAAAAGGUAUUAAUGUAGUUUGUUGUUAUACAUUUAGAUGUUUGAAUGUUGUGCAUCCACAGCUCAGAUUUCAGAAAUAAUUUGUCUUCUGCAUCUAACUUGACUAAAUUUUAUUUGAUUGACUUAUUGAUGUGUAAAUCCAUUUGAGUCAAAGUUUCAGUACUUUUUUUAUAUCAUUAAGAAUGAUGUCACAGACCUGUACUGCUGUAGGUUGUCCCUUUUGUUGAAUCGAUGGACGGUAAAUGUGUUUUUGGAUUUCUUUUCACACCCAUACACUGGGUAGCAGUGUACGGUGCAGCUAAUUUCACAGAGUCCUUUGGCUAUUUUGUUUGACCUGUGAAGCCGACUAAAUUAAUGAUGUCUAGUGUGGAAAAUUUAAAAACCAACCAAAGUGGUGUUCUAGUAACUGUCCAAAUAUGUAUUCUAAAGGGAAAAUUUGCCCUUGAACAGAAUUCAAAUCAUUUCCAUCAGAUCGAUCAGCCUGUACUGUAGUUGCAAACAGGGUCUGGCUCAAAGAUAUUAAUGGCAGGUCAGAGCACAGAUGCCAUCCAAGUGAAACUGAGACAGCAUUUUGGGUGGCAGGAAUUCUGUUUUCGGAUGGAUUUUAUCUUUAAUAUUUCAUUCAGUAGUCACAUACAGUAUAUCCUCGUAGUUUGUAAACAACAGGACUAUGCCAAUGGCUUUUGCUUACAACAUUAAUGGACUUGAGCCCAUUUUUUGCAGUUUUACCAAAGACCUGAACUGUUGUUGUUUUCUAUUGUACUACAUUUCAUCAUUCAUUUUAUUUCAGUAAGAAACCUAAAUUCAUUAAAAAAAAAAAAAAUUAAUCACCUAGUACCUUAAAUAGAUAAUGUUCAUUAACAGUAAUUAAUGGCAUCUUUUUCUAUCUAAAGUUAGCUAUAGUGAGUUGAUACAGAAAUGAUCAAAAAUGCAUGGGUCAGAUCCUUAGAAAAUGUGUAUUUGUAUAUUUGAUUUUGUGUUAAAUAUACAUUGACAUUUAUGGCAGGUUUGUGCAAUACUGGCUCGCACAUGCCGACCUUUAGCAAGGAUUCAGUGUCAGUUUAAUCGUUGUCUACAGUGAAGGAAUGUCAAAGGUGAAUGACAUUUGUGCUUCUGAAGUGGCCAUAUAAACUUUUGUUUGUUGAUUUUUUUUUUUUUUUUGCUUAAUAAUCUCAAUCACUUUGGAAAAUUGAUGGUUAUGCAUUAUAUGCUGUUAUGAUCGGCCUACAGUGACUGUAAGGUGCUUUCUUUCUAUCUGACUCUUUGUUUUCUAUUUCUUAAAGCCGUGGUCCAAAUUUGUUUUUUGUUUUUGUUUUUUCUGUAAAAAUGACAGGACAGAUGAUGAUUGUGACAAACAUUAAUGGCAGAUACAGACAUAAUUAAAACUGAGUUGUUGUUGUUACGGUAAUAUGUUGUUGGGUCUCUCCAGUGGUCCAUUUGCCCUAAUUCAAGUUUUGUUUUUAAAAGAAAUGAAACAUUCACUUGAGAAGCACAGCUUACAUUUCUUUAGAUUUGUUGAAGGUGGAGUCAGCGAUUCUGGAGGGGGAUUGUUUAUAGUUGUGGUAGGGAUGGGCGUGAGUACUCAAGUACUCGAUGUGGACGUCAGUAUUUUUUGCUUUGUAAAAUAAAAUCACAAAUAUUAUGAAUAUAAAUUGACCCUGUUCUAUAUUAAAAGUUUACAUUUUUGGAUAAGACACAAUAAUGAGGCUGCUAUCUAUGAAUAUCUGCAUGUCGGGAAAAUUUCAAUGUGCACACACGAUGUCGGCGGCACAGUGGUGCAGUGGUAUGCGUUGUCGCUUCACAGCAAGAGGGUUCCUGGUUCAAAUCCAGAGUGGGGCAGCCUGUCUGUACUCCGGCUUCCUCCCACAGUCCAAAGACAGGUUAGGUUUAUUGAUGACUUUUGAGGGUGCUUUCAUACCUGCCCUAUUUGGUUCGGUUCAACUGAACCCAAGUUCGUUUGGCCCCUAAGUGCUAUUUGUUUGGGCAGGUGUUGGUCUGUGCGAAGUUGUCCCCAUGUCAGCGUGGGUUUUCUCCGAGUACUCCGGCUUCCUCCCACAGUCCAAAGACAGUUUAGGUUAGGGGAAUUGGUGACUCUAAAUUUCCCAUAGGUGUGAAUGUAAGUUAAUGUAACCUGCGAUAGUCCGGCAACCUGUCCAUGGUAUACCCUGCCUCUCGCCCAAUGUCACCUGGGAUAGGCUCCAGCCCCCCCGGAGAAUGAAUGAACACCCAAUGUCAGGUUACUGGCAGAAUGGCGACUAGACAUAAGAGUGAUGUUUGGAAAUAUUUUGACGAAAUAAAAUGAAUGUGCCAUGCAACCUAUGUAACAUUGAACUUAUGUUUCGUAGUUAAUCUCUACAGUCUGUGUAGUGCAGUAAGGUAGGCUAACGCUAACCCCUGCUCGCAAUUUCCUUUGGGUGUUCAUUUCGGACCCUAAUCUGAAGUUCGAUAAGUUAAUGCGAGCACUUGAAUGCAGAAAUAUUUAAAAUACCCACAUCUAAUUCGCUGUAGAGUUAAGCACAUUAGCAUGUGCCAAUUUUACCGUCCCUUUCGCUCCCACUGCCUCUCUUUAAACACCCAUGGCCUUUUCCUGUCCUGUCCACGAGCACGAAUGCCCAUGUUGCUGAUUGGCUGUAAUAGUGUUGUGUGGCUCAGUAUGAGACGCUUUGUUCGUUUCGCAUUUACAGAGCCAGGGCUAUGUAUGAAUACAGGAUGUUUUUUUCAAAGCGCACACAGAACGGACUAGUGAAGCGUGAGGAAAAGUGUAUUGGAUUAGAAUCGCAGACUUCACCUUUACAUUUAUCUCUAACGGACCAAUUACACCUUCAAGUACAACUGUGCCUUUUAAUAAUUAAAUAAUGUCGAUUGGUAUCAAGAGAAUACGUCUCUAAGACUGUGUGUCUCAGUCGGAUGACAAAAUAUAACUAAUUAAUUAGAAUCAAAAUUCCAGUGCCUUACAAUAUUGUUGUGGACCACAAUGUGAUAAAUGAUCCUCUGCAUUCAGGCCACUUGAGCAGAAAGGACAAAAGGCGAAUGACGUUUGGUCCACCAGUUUCACCGAAGGAGGCAAAGGUUAUAAUUGACUGAUAAUAGUCGAUCUCAGUCUGUAUUUGCCAUACCAUUAAAAAAAAAAACAGCAAUAUUUAACCAUUGAAUACACAAUUUUGAUCUCAAUUAGUCAUUUGGCACCAAAAACUCAAUUGUUUGUAAGGAAAAGCACCAAAUAGGAAGAAUCUUGUAAAUGAACUGUAAUAGAUGUAUCAUUAUGCUCUGCAUUGGAAUAGUUUAAUCUAUUUUGCAUUAUUGUUAGUUGUUGUGUUGUCUUUUUGUUUUUAAUAUUAUGAAAAUGGAGCCUGAAGAUUUAUGCAAUCUUGUACAUGUAUAUGAGUAUGAUGUAUGGAGCUGUUCAAAUUAAGUAAAAUACUAGUACAACAAGUGUUGUCGAAAGUAAAUAAUCUGAAUGUGGAACCAGUCGUUCCAUAUACUGUAGAAAAUUUCAGUAGAAAUGUUAUUUUAACAUUGAAGCCCUGAAAUAUUGAAUGUAUUGUUCUAAAUUAGAUAUUCAAUGAAUAGGUCACUGGAUAUUAUGGAGCGCAGUUAAUUCAUUAUGAUGUAGCAUCUAGUUGUGAACUGCUAUUCAAUAAAAUUUAUUAGAACUAAAACAAAUGCAAGUUUUCAAGUUUCUAUUUGUCAGCAUAAUGAGGAAAUAUAAGGAAAGAAAUGUAUUUUUCUCAGGGUAAUACGGCGAUUUCAUAGAGAUUGUGUUAAAUCUGAGGAAACUGCAUUUCAUGGAUUUACUUAAUGUCCGUGGGUUUAGACAUUAUUUAUAGAUUAAACAAUAUGUCCCUUAUUUUGUGAUGAGCUGUAUGGAUAUGUAGGAAGUUCUCUACUGAUAAUCGUAGAAAUUAUUCUGUUGGUAUAUUGAUAUUUUUUUGUGUUGUGAACACAAAAAUAGGUGCAAGUCUUAGAAAACUAGAUUUUUCUUUUCUACAUUGAGGAUUGUGUACAGCAUAUUUUCUGUAGUGUAUUACUAGUUUGUUAACACUUGUUAAAUUGUUACACUACAGUUAUGCAAUGGUUUACAGAGUUCACAAAAUUAUUUUUAUCAUCUUGAGAAUUAAAAUAAUUUUUCAUCUGAAA